UGUUCCAACUCCAUCUAUUUUAAGAUUGCUUUCGUAUUUUAUAAAUAUGAAGAUGUAUAUGAUUAGACCUGUUCAUUAGUCUGUGGCUGUUCAUUAGUGGAGAAUUUUUGACCACAUAGUUGGACAUGGAGGAAUUAACUAAGGAACAAAUCGCACUGCUUAAAAAUGCUUUCGACACGUUCGACGUGGAGAAAAAGGGCAGCAUUGGAACAGUUAUGAUAGGCACAAUUUUGAGCAUGCUUGGCGUCCAGACCACUGAAAAAAUCCUGGAUGAAAUUAUUGCUGAAGUGGACGAAGAUGGAUCAGGCGAACUGGAGUUCGAAGAGUUUGUAACGUUAGCUUCAAGAUUCAUGGUUGAGGAGGAUGCUGAGGCUAUGCAGCAGGAACUGAAGGAGGCGUUCAGGUUGUACGACAAGGAAGGUAACGGUUACAUCACCACCAAAACUUUGAAGGAAAUUUUAAAAGAACUGGACGAUAAAUUGACUAAUGAGGAGUUAGAGAUGAUGAUCCAAGAAAUUGACUCUGAUGGUUCAGGAACUGUUGAUUUUGAUGAAUUUAUGGAGGUGAUGACUGGAGGAGACGACUAAUUUGUGUAAUAUCACAAUGUAAGUGUGCAAAAUAAAUGUUUUUUACAUGAAUAA